CCCUUGAACUUUCUACAUUUCCCAACUCAAAAACACUCUCCUGUCCACACCAGUGGACGACGAUUGCUGAAAAAGCGACCACCGUCCACCACCACCGACAGCCGUCACCAUGUCCGUCAAAGAGUGCACCCACCACAAAAACAAGAGCAAAAAACUCUUCCGGAAACUCUUCGCCGGAUUCCUCAUCCUCGCCUUCCUCGUCCUCCUCACUUUCCUCAUCACAUGGGCAAUCCUUCAACCCCGAAAACCCAGAUUCACUCUCCAAGACGCCACCAUCUACUCCUUCAACGUCUCCGCCCCUAUCCUCCUCUCCUCCAACUUUCAGGUCACCAUCUCCUCCCAUAACCCCAACGACAGAAUCGGAGUUUACUACGAUAAACUCGACGUCUUCGCGUCUUACAAAAACCAGCAAAUCACUUACUUCACCGCCAUCCAGCCGGUGUACCAGGGCCACAAAGACAACAACGUCUGGUCGCCGUUUGUGUACGGAACCAACGUCCCGGUGGCGCCGUACAACGGCGCUUCGUUGACUCAGGAUCAAUCCAAUGGUCAGAUAUCGUUGAUUAUUAAGAUCAACGGAAGGGUUAGAUGGAGAGUUGGGAGGUUUAUCUCCGGGAGGUAUCAUAUUCACGUUAGUUGUCCGGCGUAUAUUCCGUUCGGGAACAAGUUGAAUUCGGCGAUUCCGGGGAUUGUCGUCGGCACCGGAAUUAAGUACCAGUUGUCGACCAGAUGCAGUGUGAAUGUGUGAAGUGGGAAGUGGAGAAGAUGAUUGAUGAUGAUGUCAUGAUGAACGACGUCGUUUUAGGUUGUGUUUCUUUUUUCACGAUUCACACUUUCAAUUUUUAAUAUAAAGAUAUAAUUUUGGAAGCAUACGUGGAUGGAUGGAUGAAAUAUGAAUUUGUAAAUUUCGCUGGAUGAGAAUAAAAAAAAGGAAAAAGGAAAAAAAGGAAAGAUGGAAAUGGAAAGAUGGAGAAAGUUAAGGCAAAUUGUCAUUGUUGACAUGUUGUAUCAUGUAUGAUGAUGAAUUUAAAUGUUAUAUAUUUUUACAAUUAAUCAAUGAAUCUUUUAUUAUAAGUUUUCGUUA